AUGAAGUUCAAAAUAAUUGCACUUAACUGUGCCCUCUUGGUUCUAUGCCUUUCCUUCCUGCCGAUGAGCAAUGGACAGGACUCAACCACAGUAGCAUCCACUGACACAACAACGACGGCGGCUGCAUCCACUGACACUACCACAGCGGCCGCAUCAACCGAUACCACCACCACAGCCGCAUCCACCGAUACCACCACCACCGCCACCGCCACCACCACAGCCGCAUCCUCAUCAUGCGGUGGCAAGAAGAAGAGGAGGAAGCACAAGUGGAAGGUAGUGAGACACCCUGGCAAGAAGAUCAUCAAGAGACACCGCAAAGAAAGCAAAUGGGACCUCAAGGGUUAA